GCUUCAUGACAUUAUUUUAGUCUCAGUCGGGGAAUGUAGCGAAGCCGUCCUGUGAAGUUUUCAUCAACUAAUUGUUUAACUACGACUUGCCGAGACAUGGAGACGGAGGUCUAUAUUUCUGUUGUGAGGUAACAGGGACCAGAGAGACUUUAAAGGUUGGUGUCCCACUUCUGAACAUCUGCAUCUCAUCACUGUGAUUCAAACGGGGUACAGACAACACAACGACUUCCAGACCUCCUGUAGCUGCACCAAAUCACUAUGUCCUAGCUAACACUAGUCCGACCCCCUCCCCUGACCAUCCUGUCCCUUUAACCCUAGUUCCCGUCCUCCAUCUUCAUCCCUUUCUUGGUUGUCUCUCCUGAUGCGCUGAUUUCUGGUUGUAGCACCAGCGGCGCCCCAUCCAGUGCAAUGAGCAGCCUGCACCAGCAGCAUUAUGGCAGCACAGGCUCAGAGCGAGACCUUCACUCUGCUGCCUCCUCUGUCAGCCUCCCGUCUGUCAAGAAGACCCCGAAGAAGCACCGCCUGUCCUUACACUCGCUUUUUGGCCGCCGCUGGCGUCAUGAUCGCGAUCCCAAGCGCAAGUCCAGGCCUCUGCAGGCCGUAGCUGGAGUGGACGGCAUUGUCAGCACUGAAAUCAUCCAGCCAGAGGCUCUCCAGGAUAAAACCUCAGCGCACUCUUCACUUGCCGCAGCAUCGACUUCAUCUGUGUCGGGUUCUUCAUCAGAGCUGAUGGAGUGCCCCCUGUGCCUCCUGCACCACGCACGGGACCGCUUCCCUGACAUCAUGACCUGUCACCACCGCUCCUGUGCAGACUGUCUGCGGCAGUAUCUUCGCAUCGAAAUCUCAGAGUCCCGCGUCAACAUCUGCUGCCCCGAGUGCUCGGAGCGCUUCAAUCCCCACGACAUCUGCAUGAUCCUGGGGGACCGAGCCCUCAUGGAGAAGUACGAGGAGUUCAUGCUCAGGAGGUGGCUGGUGGCUGAGCCUGACUGCCGCUGGUGUCCGGCCCCAGACUGCGGUUACGCAGUCAUUGCGUUUGGCUGUGCCAGCUGCCCAAAGAUCACCUGUGGACGUGAGGGCUGUGGGACAGAGUUCUGCUACCACUGCAAACAGCUGUGGCACCCAAACCAGACAUGCGACACAGCGCGCCAACAAAGGGCCCAAACUUUCCGGCUGAGGAGUUUCAGGUCUUCCUCCCUCAGCUACAGCCAAGAGAGUGGAGCCGCAGGCGAUGACAUCAAGCCGUGCCCACGAUGUGCUGCCUAUAUUAUCAAGAUGAAUGAUGGGAGCUGUAAUCACAUGACGUGUGCAGUCUGCGGCUGUGAGUUCUGCUGGCUGUGCAUGAAGGAAAUCUCUGACCUGCACUAUUUAAGUCCAUCAGGCUGCACCUUCUGGGGGAAGAAGCCCUGGAGCAGAAAGAAGAAGAUCCUCUGGCAGCUCGGCACGCUGGUGGGAGCACCUGUGGGCAUCGCGCUCAUAGCCGGCAUCGCCAUCCCUGCAAUGAUCAUCGGAAUCCCCGUCUAUGUGGGCAGAAAGAUCCAUAAUCGCUACGAGGGCAAGGACAUCUCUAAACACAAGAGGAAUUUGGUGAUCGCUGGUGGUGUGACGCUGUCUGUGAUCGUGUCGCCGGUGGUGGCAGCAGUCACUGUUGGUAUCGGCGUUCCCAUCAUGCUGGCUUACGUCUACGGAGUUGUCCCGAUCUCUCUGUGCCGGAGCGGUGGCUGCGGGGUGUCUGCCGUCAACGGCAAAGGCGUGCGUAUCGAGUUUGAUGACGAAAACGACAACAUAGGCAGCGGGGCGGCCGCAACAGACACCACCUCAGUGGCUGAGACGCGUCUCAACAACCCCAGCCUCGGAGACGGAGCGAGUGUAGGCGGCCUGACGGGCCUUAGUGUCAGCGGGAGCCACAUGGAGCGCUGCGGCAUGAGCUCCACCCAGCGGGACAACAUGAGCGACAACGCUAGCACCACGGCACUCGCUGGGACCAGCAUCACAGGCAGCCUCUCAGGAAGCUGCUACAACAGGAUGGAAGUUCAGGCUGAUGUCCAGAAGGAGCGCUGCAGUCUGAGUGGAGAGUCUGCCACUGUCAGUCUUGGGACAAUCAGUGACAACGCGAGCACAAAAGCCAUGGCGGGAUCCAUCCUCAAUGCCUACAUGCCUCUGGAAAGAGAUAACAGUCUGGAUGUUCAGGCAGACGUGGAGUCCAAACAGGAGAAGGUGAGGCACUGCAGCGCCAGCAGCAGCCUGGAUGAAGCCAGCUGUAGCAGCAGCAUUGCCGGCCUCAAAGGUGCUAGCGGCGGAGCGUGUUCAUGCCCGACAUCAAGCUGCUCUGCGCAGCACGACCACCACUGCUGCCCCUUCUCCCUACCCUCCACUUCAGGGGGCAAGAGGAGCAAAGGAAAGCUCUGGAAAAGAGGCAGCAGUAGCAGCAGCAGCAAAGGAGAAACAAAAAUCAACGAGAUGAGGGGGGAUUUGGACGCGCAGCUCCUGGAGCAGCGCAGCACCAACUCGUCCGAGUUUGAUUCUCCAUCUCUGAGCGGCAGCCUGCCCUCUGUGGCAGACUCGCACUGCAGCCACUUCUCAUCAGAGCUCAGCUGCUCGGAACCCGAAACCUCAAGACCAGCUCACCCACCCUGCUCCACCACAAUAGACCCCCAAUCUCAUCAUCCCAACAACACCGCCGCCGCCUUCAAUGAUGUCAACAUCACACCCAUGCCCGAGGUGGAGCACGACCGCCUGGAGCAUCAUCCACCUCAGAGCAGCCGCACAGCCUUCACACACCGCCUGCUGUCCACAUCUCCUCCCGCUUCACCGAAAGAGGGGGGCAGUGGGACGUUUUUGUACAUCAGUGAGGAGAGCAGAGGCACCAUGGCAGACACAGAUCCGGAGAAAGACAAGAAAAUAAAAGAGACGACCAAAAACACUACAGCACAUUCUGUAAGCCCGACGAGGAAGCGCUGUAUACAAACAGACAUCUAAAGGAGCCCUCUUUGGGUGUUUGGGCGGUGUUACUACUGCUAAAUAAGUUAGCCUUAUAACCUAGUUUCACUCUUUGAAGCAUCUUUGGAAGCUAAAGGCUACAGAUAGAGGUCUACUUAUUUUUGUAUCUGCUGUGGAGGCAGAAAUGUUAUGUGAAUGUCAGUCUACACAGUAACAGAGAAGGUCCAGGUCCAAGUUGGAGAGACAUUUUUGAGUAAAGUUAAAAGGAGCACAUGAAAGUUAAAGCAAGGUGUGAAGCAGAAGUUCUAUUCUGUUGUUGAAGUGUCGAGUGGAGAAGCAAAGUUUAUAGUAGGUAGAGUUGGAUGUAUGUGGACAGGUGUAGGUAUGUUAUCAGGUUGGUGAGACACAAAGCCCAUCCAGCUGUUAUGAAGAUCUGCAAAGUCCGAUUGCUUUUCUUAAUCAAAGCUCAAAUUGACAAACGCAGAACUGAUCAAGCUGGAUAGGAGCAGGUCAAAUGUCUGAUUUUACUUUUCAAAGUAAAAGUUGAGCUGCUACCUUCAAGCCUGAACCUUUUUUUUUCUUCCCUUUUUGACAUCUACAAGAAUCAGCUUUUCUUUGGGGGCUUUUGCAUGAUUCAGGGAUGGAUUUGUCAUCACUGUGGUCCACCGCUGUGCCACCAGUUCACUCUGCUACUUCUUAAAAAUGGCAAGAGAAACACCACACAGCUAAAGGAUUGUGGUACCUGACAGGGACCAGUCAAUACAGUAGCAAAUUUUAUAUUUCCUUAAUCCUCUAUAAGCAAAAUAUAUUAUUGUUGUUUUUGUUAAAAAUGUGACUCUUGUUUUUGUGCUUUUGUCUUUUUUGCUUAUUUUUAUUUUCCAUUUUGGGAAAGUUGGUUUUAAUGUUAAAGCCCUGUGUUGGGUCCACAAUUUUAGUGUUAAAGGGUGUGAACUGUGUUUGCGACCCAAACUUACCUACCCUCCUUACUUUUUAUAUAUGUAUUGAAAAUUUAAGAAAGCUGACAACUGGCCUAUGUUAACACAUUUUCUCCACCGUUUUGGUGGAUCAAUUAGGUUAGGUUUAUUAAAGUAAUUACAGGGAAUUCCAUAAUCCGACAUCUCUGAGAGAAUCUCAACCUUUACCAUUAUAACUGUAGCAAUUUGUACAACUUCUCAAAACCAGUCCAUUCAAACUGGAAAGCUAACUAAACAAUAUAUUGGCAAUGAGGAAGAUGACACUGAUGUCAGCUCUGAUAUAAUUAAAGGUGCAAUGAGAAACUGCUCCUGUGUAUUUGAGCACCUCCGUCUGUCAGUGAGAGAAUAUUCAGUAGUGAAUGUAUGAUGAUAACGGGCUUCUGAUGUUGAUACUCCCUUAGUAAGAAUCAAAAGCAAAGUUUGAAUUCCUAAUUUAGCUCUGUUGGUGUAUUAUAACUACAAUGUGUUGAGUUUUUUUUUUCUUCCUUGAAUCCCUUCAAUGGAUUCAUGCAAAUACUGAUUUUAUAUUUGUUGGACCCAAAGUGCCUUUUGGGGGAUAAAACAUUUUAUUCAUUUGUUUUUCUUUUUUACAUGUCAUCGUUAUGUAUUUCUUCAAAAGAUUAACAUAAAAAAAAUCACUAUACAAGGAAUUAUAUUUGCCUCAUUAAAUGCAUAAAUCCUCGUGCUAAAUACUCACCUCCUCCUGAGUGCUAACGCUAGCUCUCUCAUUAGCUCGUUUAGCCUACCAAAGACUGCUUUCAGGCUACUACAGUUAAAACUAGAACACAUUAGUCAAAUUCAAUCUAAUAUACCGGGAACGUUUAGCCCAUAAGGUCCAAAACUGUCUCCUACACAUUAGAAGAAAAAAACAAAUAGCAGCUCACUUCUGGAUUGAACCUGUUUGUAGAGCAGAGCUUUAAUUCCAAGACCAAAAAGUUUGUUUGGGUUUUAGUUACUUUUAGAAAUAUUCCUUUGAACAUUUAAAAAAAGGCGCUGAAGCAUACAUUGGGUUGUUCAUCAGCUCCUGUUAGCAAUAAAACCCUGUUCUUAUCCAAAGUGAUCAUUCAGAGUUGUUUAAAGCCUCAGACAUGUUCAGCAGAGCCGUUGUUAUAAAGAUUUGGUCAUCAGAGCAGUCGUGCUCCUCAAUUUCUCACUUGUUUUUGUUCCCUCUGUUAAACACCUGUGAGUUUUUAUGUUUUAAUUUGAAGACUUGUGCCAGGUCUAUUUUCUAACUUGGUCAAAAGAAGCUUUUACUCCUUGAGAAAAAGGAUAUAUUCCCUAAUUAUUUGCUUUAUAAUGUGCAUGUAAAUGCAUAUCUUUAAACAAUAAAACUCUCAAUCAAACUUG